ACCUCCAGUAAUGCGAUGCCACAGCAGCUUGUUGAACUCCAGUAGAGCUGUGCUUGAUGUGACGGAACUUUCUCUUCAUCAUCACCACCCUCCUCCUCCUCUUCCUCCUCCUCCUCAGCAUCAGCAUCACUUCUCACUUGAUGACUAUCUCUCUGAACGGGUUGUCUGCAGGCGCGUCUUUCUCCUCUGGUCCGCACUGAAAGUUUGAUUUUAAACGAAGAGAAGAAAAGAUGAACAACACGGGGUUCAACCAGACGCAGGGCGCACUGCUCAACAAGACGGAGGAGUUAUUCUGCUGCAACUUUUCCUCCGUGGUGACUGAUAAUGGCUUCGUGGCUGCGGCGCCGGACGAGAGGAGCCUCUUCAUCAUGAGGGUGGUCCAGAUCGCCGUCAUGUGCGUCCUGUCCCUCACCGUGGUCUUUGGCAUAUUCUUCCUGGGCUGCAACCUCCUCAUAAAGUCAGAGGGGAUGAUCAACUUCUUGGUCACGGACAGGAGACCCUCUAAAGAAACGGAGGCCGUCAUUGUUGGAGCUUAUUGACUGACGAGGUUGAUCUUGAUGGAUGGAGAGAUGUUGGAGACUAAUCUGCCUCUUUUCACAUUGGUGCGUCAAUCGCCAUGUAAGAGGCAGCUGAACCCUGCAGGGUUAGGGUGGCUUUUUUAACGCCAACAGACUCAUGCAUCUCCAAGAGGUAUAGUGCGUUUUCAGCCUCAAUGUUUAUAAAGUAUUCAACCAAGCACUGUUGUAUAAUUUCAGUAGAUGGAGCACAAUCUGUCCAAGCAGCGUCCUCUUUCACCUGCUGCUUAAU